AUGUCCAACAGCAGCUCCUUCAACGAAUUCCUCCUCCUGGUGUUCACAGACACACGGGAGCUGCAGCUCUUGCACUUCUGGCUCUUCCUGGGCAUCUACCUGGCUGCCCUCCUGGGCAACGGCCUCAUCAUCACAGCCAUAGCCUGCGACCACCACCUCCACACCCCCAUGUACUUCUUCCUCCUCAACCUCUCCCUCCUCGACCUUGGCACCGUCUCUGUCAUUGUCCCCAAAUCCAUGGCCAAUUCCCUGUGGGACACCAGGGCCAUUUCCUACUCAGGAUGUGCUGCCCAGCUUUUCCUGCUUUUCUUCUUGUUCUCAGCAGAAUAUUUCCUUCUUACUACCAUGGCUUAUGACCGCUUCAUUGCCAUCUGCAGACCCCUGCACUACGGGACCCUCAUGGACAGCAGAGCUUGUGUCAAAAUGGCAGCAGCUGCCUGGGCCAGUGGUUUUCUCUAUGCUGUCCUGCACACUGCUAACACAUUUUCAAUACCACUCUGCCAAGGCAAUGUUGUGGAGCAGUUCUUCUGUGAAAUGGCCCAGAUCCUUAAGCUCUCUUGCUCAGGCUUCUACCUCAGGGAAGUUGGGUUUGUUGUGGUUAGUCUUUGUUUAGUCUUUGUGUGUUUUGCUUUCAUUGUGCUGUCCUACACGUGGAUCUUCACAGUUGUGCUGCAGAUCCCCUCAGAGCAGGGCCAGCACAAAGCCUUUUCCAUGUGCCUCCCUCACUUGGCUGUGGUCUCCCUGUUUAUCAGCACUCUCACAUUUGCCUACCUCAAGCCCCCUUCUAUCUCCUCCCCAUCCCUGGAUCUGGUGGUGGCUGUUCUGUACUCGGUGGUGCCUCCAACCCUGAACCCCCUCAUCUACAGCAUGAGGAACAAGGAGCUCAAGGAUGCACUGAGGAAACUGGUUCAAUGGGUAGAAGGUCAGCACCAGUAA